AUGUCCUCGAAAGCGAAACCCGUAGCUCUCGUCAUCGGCGCCUCAAGAGGAAUAGGAAGACAAGUGGCAAUCGAUCUCGCGAGGAAUGGAUACCGAGUCAUCGUCUCGGCGAAAACUACCUCCAAUCCCCAAAACUGUCACCCUUUCCCCCCAGAUCCUAACUCUUUCUCUUCAACUAUCAACACCGUUGCGAGAGAGAUUACGGAGAUAUAUGGUGGCGAGGCGGAAGCUGUUUCUUGUGAUGUGAGGUUUUAUGAACAGAUUCAAGAAGCUGUACGGAAGGGAGUGGACAGGUUUGGGGGCAGGGUGGAUGUCGUGGUGUAUAAUUCUGGGGCGAUUUGGUGGAGUUCGGUGGAAGGGACGGAUUUUAAGAGGUUUCGGUUAAUGCAGCAGAUUAAUCUGGAGGGCUUGUAUGCGGUUGUGCAAGCUGCUUUGCCGUAUCUUUAUAAGAGUACGGAUGGGGGGAGGGAGAGGGGGAGGAUUAUAGUUGUUAGUCCGCCGAUUUAUUCGAGGUUUGUGAAGGGGAAAGCUGCUUAUGCUAUAGGCAAGUUUGGAAUGAGUGCACUUACUCUAGGACUUGCGGUGGAUUGGGAGAGGGAAGGGAGGACGGGUUUGGCUAUUACAAGUCUUUGGCCUGCUGUGGCAAUCGACUCGGCAGCGACUCAGAACUCACGCUCAUGGCCUCCUCAAGAAGGUCGAAAACAAUUGAGGAAGCCGGAGAUCUUUUCAGAUGCCAUUCUCGCCAUUAUCAAUGCGCCAGCUCAGGAUGUCAAUGGCAAGACAUUGCUCGAUGAGGAUUUCUUGAGAGAGCAUGAAGGGGUCACUGAUUUCAGCAAGUACGCUCUGGUACCCGGAAGCACACCCAGGAGGAUUAUGCCGAUGAAGAUGCCGGAUCUUUCUGUCGCUGAGCAGGAUGAUGAAGGAGUUCGAGUGGACAGCGCGGCGCAGAGAAGGAAUAAAUUGUGA